GAUCUGCAAAAGUAGGCCGACGCGUGCGCAUGUGCUUGUUUAUUGUUGGAAUAUUUCUUAUGCGGAAGUUAGCAACACGGAAUUAAUUCGCGACGGACAACAACAAUCAUAUCGCAACUAUACGAAUCAACUUGCAUAUUUAGCAAGUUAAGUUAAACAUACGGGAGCAACACACACAAUAGCAUACACAUCUGUGUAGGAUUAGUCUAGACGGAUAAAUGUCUGAUGUACCAGAAGCUUCUAACAGAGAAGAGGUCGAGGAGAACACCCCUGAACCAGAGGAGCAGUCAGACGAUAGCAGUGACGACGGCGAGGCAUCAGGGGACACAGAGAUGGAUUUCCUGCGCAAUCUCUUCUCUAAAACCUUGGGCAUAUCUGGAGAGAAGGUUUUGGAUGAGCUGACUCUUGAGGGGGUGGCCAGUUACAUACAGAGUGGCAAAUGCAAAAACAUAAUCUGUAUGGUGGGUGCAGGGAUCUCUACAUCGGCUGGGAUCCCUGACUUCCGCUCCCCAGACACGGGGCUCUAUGCUAACCUGCAGAAGUACAACUUGCCCUACCCUGAGGCUAUAUUCCAGAUAGACUACUUUAAGAAACACCCUGAGCCCUUCUUUGCCCUGGCCAGGGAGCUGUACCCAGGACAAUUCAAGCCCACAGUAUGUCACUACUUCAUCAAGUUGCUGAAGGACAAAGGGCUACUCAAACGCUGCUACUCACAGAAUAUUGACACCCUGGAACGUGUAGCAGGACUGGAGGGAGAGGACCUGAUUGAAGCCCACGGCACCUUCUACACCUCACACUGUGUCAGCUUUAUGUGCCGCAAAGAGUACGACUUGGACUGGAUGAAAGAGAAAAUCUUCUCGGAUGACAUCCCCAAAUGUGACAAGUGCAGCAAUCUGGUUAAACCAGACAUUGUUUUCUUUGGUGAGAAUCUACCGAAGAGGUUCUUCACCUCAAUGGCCAUGGACUUUCCUCGCUGUGAUCUGCUGAUUAUAAUGGGGACCUCCCUGCAGGUUCAGCCCUUUGCUGCUCUGGUUGGCAGGGUUUCAAACAGCUGCCCCAGACUUCUCAUUAACCUGGAGAAAGCAGGCGGUGCAGAUCCUCUAUUAGGGAUUAUAAGCAUUGGCGGAGGGAUGGACUUUGACUCAGCGAAAGCAUACAGGGAUGUGGCUCAUAUUAGUACAUGUGAUGAUGGAUGCUUGGCACUUGCUGAGCUACUGGGAUGGAAGGCGGAGCUGGAAGAGAUGGUGAAACGGGAGCAUGAGAAGAUUAACAGCAAAGCCGAAGAGGAACAGACAAAUCAGAGCUCUGGAGCUGCAGGGAAGGCGGAGUCAGGGAAGGCGGAGUCAGGGAAGGCGGAGUCAGGGAUGGCAGAGUCAGGGAUGGCAGAGUCAGGGAAGGCAGAGUCAGGGAAGGCGGAGGUAGAAUAACUAAUGAGACCGGCCGGCCGGCUCCAACCCAUCACUUGGCUUCAGUCUGGAAGCAGAGUUCCAUACAUUAACCAGGACUGUGCUCUCCUGUCUGUUUUGGAUUUUCUCCCUUUAGUUUGCACUUUACUAACUUCUCUCUCCUCUCCAACCUCUGUUUGACAUAAACCCACCUCCUGACUCCUACUGUGUGUAUUGGUCUGUCUUUUGACAGUUCCCACAGAUGGAGUUUAUAGCAAUACACACUAAAAUGAGCAUACGUUUCCUUCUGAGGGAGAGAACUACAGGCACUGAGCUGUCAGCAUGCCAACUAGCUCUGUUGAGUCAUAUAGUUGAUGAUUUUAGACUGAAAUGACAAAGUAUAGAGGGCAUGGCAGGGUAACAAAGAUGAUGAAUAUCUGAUGCAUCCACUGAUGCAGUGACACAACUCCUGUAAAUAAAAUGGGGGAAAAGUAUAAUAUAGCAUUUUAUGACUUACUAUUUAUAAUCAAUUAUAAUUAUGGAUUUGUUUUUCAUGACAUUGCUUUUUGUGCUCCUUGUUUCUAUCAAUUGUGUCAAUAUAAUUAUUUUUAACAAUAUGUUUUAAUCUAUUAAGCAUACCUGUGACAUUUAGUUUCUCUACUUCCUGUAGCUGUUGGUGUAGGACGGUUUCUAUUUCAGCACAAAUGAUGCAGCAGGAAGUUACCACAGUGGUGUGAGAUGAUGUCGCAGUACAUCUCUGGUGUUGACCAAAUGCAACUCGAUGGUUUCUAAAAGAUUGCUUGUGAUACAACAAGUAAAAACACUAAAUAAAGUGUCAGUCAGUCUCCCGCU